UGAAGGAUGCGUAUGCAUAAUUAAUAUACUCCGACUUUACGAAAAAUUAACCCCAACAACUAAUUAAUUAGCUAUUCCAUUAUAUACUCGAUCCUACUAUUCCAGAGGAGGAGGAGGAGGAGGAGCUGCAACUAUACUCGUCCGUUUAGUCGGCAUGGCCAUCGUCAAGAGUACUGGGGGCAGAGCGGAGGCAGCCAAGAUGUCGUCGUCGUCGUCGGAGUCAGCUGAUGAGUACGAGCCACCGCGCUUGAGCUUGAGCAUGGGCGUCCGCCACCUCUGCGACAGUGGCAUCACCAGCCUUCCCGCCCGCUACGUCCUCCCGCCCGCCGACCGUCCCGGCGGCAACCCCACACCACCAGCUGUGCUCCCCGUCAUCGACCUCGCCGCCCUCCGCGCUGGCGCCACCUGCCAGCUCGCCGCGCUCCACGCCGCCUGCCGGGACUACGGCUUCUUCCAGGUCGUCAACCACGGCGUCCCCGCCCACGUGGGCCGCGCCAUGCUGGACGCCGCGCGCGGCUUCUUCUUCGACCUGCCCCUGGCCGACCGGGCGCGCUACAUGUCCGCCGACAUCCGCGCCGCCGUGCGGUACGGCACCAGCUUCAACCAGCUAAACGACGGCGUGCUCUCCUGGCGCGACUUCCUCAAGUUGCUCAUCCGCGACACGCGCCGCCUCGACGACGUCGUCCCCUCCUGGCCCGACGCCCCCGCGGAGCUCAGGCCGGCGGCCGCGUCGUACGCCAGGGCGUGCCAGAGGCUGUUCAGGGAGCUGAUGGAGGCGGCACUGGAGGCGCUGGGCAUCGUCCGGUGCCGUGACGAGCUGCUGGAGGAGUGCGACGGCGGGUGUCAGAUGAUGAUGGUGAACUGCUUCCCGGCGUGCCCGGAGCCGGAGCUGACGCUGGGCAUGCCGGCGCACUCGGACUACGGGCUGCUGACCAUCCUCAUGCAGGACGAGGUGAGCGGGCUGGAGGUGAGCUACGGCGGCGGGUGGGCGGUGGUGGAGCCGCUGGCCGGCGCGGUGGUGGUAAACGUGGGAGACCACCUGGAGAUACUGAGCAACGGGAGGUACCGGAGCGUGCUGCACCGGGUGCGCGUGAACGGGCGGCGGGCGCGCGUGUCGGUAGCGUCGCUGCACAGCCUGGCGGCGGAGCGGCUGAUCGGGCCGGCGGCGGAGCUGGUGGACGAGAGGGACAGGCCGCGGCGGUACAUGGACACGGACAUGGCCGCGUUCUUGGCCUACCUCUCCUCUGCCGAGGGAAAGCACAAGUCGUUCCUCCACUCCCGCAUGAUCUCAUCACCAUCAACAACACAUUAAUCUAUCUCGGCCUCAGCCAUAUG